GAGUUCUACCGCUGCGCGCGCCACGUCUCCCUUAGCGGGCGUGCUGGGGACAGGCAGGGGGAGGAAAAAAAAACCGAGUGGGGCGGGAACUAUUUCCUCUCGCGAGAGCUGGCGACGGCUGUAGCAGCGGCGGCAGCGGCGGCGGUGGCGGCGGCGGCGUGUCCGUAAAGGGUAGCGUGGGGGCGGGGAGGAGAGGCGGCGGCGGCGGCGUUCGAGCUACGCCACACAGGGUCGGGGCGUUGAGAGCCCGAGUGCAGAGCGGGGUCGUGGCGGCGGCGGAGAGGAAACUGUGGAGGAGGAGGGGGUGCCAUGGCCGGGCAGCAGUUCCAGUACGAUGACAGUGGGAACACCUUCUUCUACUUCCUCACAUCCUUCGUGGGGCUCAUCGUGAUCCCGGCCACAUACUACCUCUGGCCCCGAGACCAGAAUGCCGAGCAAAUUCGAUUAAAGAAUAUCAGAAAAGUAUAUGGAAGGUGUAUGUGGUAUCGUUUACGGUUAUUAAAACCCCAGCCAAAUAUUAUUCCUACAGUAAAGAAAAUAGUUCUGCUUGCAGGAUGGGCGUUGUUCUUAUUCCUUGCAUACAAGGUUUCCAAAACAGACCGAGAAUAUCAAGAAUACAAUCCUUAUGAAGUAUUAAAUUUGGAUCCUGGGGCAACAGUAGCAGAAAUUAAGAAACAGUAUCGUUUGCUGUCACUUAAAUAUCAUCCAGAUAAAGGAGGUGAUGAAGUUAUGUUCAUGAGAAUAGCCAAAGCUUAUGCAGCUUUAACUGAUGAAGAGUCCCGGAAAAAUUGGGAAGAAUUUGGAAAUCCAGAUGGGCCUCAAGCCACAAGCUUUGGAAUUGCCCUGCCAGCAUGGAUAGUUGAUCAGAAAAACUCAAUUUUGGUUUUACUUGUAUAUGGAUUGGCAUUUAUGGUUAUCCUUCCAGUUGUUGUGGGUUCUUGGUGGUACCGUUCAAUACGCUAUAGUGGAGACCAGAUUCUAAUACGCACAACACAGAUUUACACAUACUUUGUUUAUAAAACCCGAAAUAUGGAUAUGAAACGUCUCAUCAUGGUUUUGGCUGGAGCUUCUGAAUUUGAUCCUCAGUAUAAUAAAGAUGCCACAAGCAGACCAACAGAUAAUAUUCUAAUACCACAGCUAAUCAGAGAAAUUGGCAGCAUUAAUUUAAAGAAGAAUGAGCCUCCACUUACCUGCCCAUAUAGCCUGAAGGCCAGAGUUCUUUUACUAUCUCAUCUUGCUAGAAUGAAAAUUCCUGAGACCCUUGAAGAAGAUCAGCAAUUUAUGCUGAAAAAAUGCCCUGCCCUACUUCAAGAAAUGGUUAAUGUAAUCUGCCAACUAAUAAUAAUGGCCCGGAGCCGUGAAGAAAGGGAGUUUCGUGCUCCAACUUUGGCAUCCCUAGAAAACUGCAUGAAGCUUUCCCAGAUGGCUGUUCAAGGACUUCAGCAGUUUAAGUCUCCCCUCCUACAGCUCCCUCAUAUUGAAGAGGACAAUCUUCGAAGGGUUUCUAACCAUAAAAAGUACAAAAUUAAAACUAUCCAGGAUUUGGUGAGUUUAAAAGAAUCAGAUCGUCACAGUAUAUUGCACUUCCUUGAAGAUGAAAAAUAUGAAGAGGUUAUGGCUGUCCUUGGGAGUUUUCCAUAUGUAACCAUGGAUAUAAAAUCACAGGUAUUGGAUGAUGAAGAUAGCAACAACAUCACAGUAGGAUCUCUAGUUACAGUGUUGGUUAAGCUCACAAGGCAAACAAUGGCAGAAGUAUUUGAAAAGGAGCAGUCCAUUUGCGCUGCAGAAGAACAACCAGCAGAAGAUGGGCAGGGUGAGACUAACAAGAACAGGGUAAAAGGAGGAUGGCAGCAGAAGAGUAAAGGACCCAAGAAAGCUGCUAAAUCAAAAAAAAAGAAACCUUUAAAGAAAAAACCUGUACCUGUGCCACUAUCACAGUCCAAGCAACAGAAACAAAAGCAGGCAAAUGGAGUUGUUGGGAGUGAAGCUGCAGUAAAGGAAGAUGAAGAAGAAGUUUCUGACAAAGGCAGUGAUUCUGAGGAAGAAGAAACCAAUAGAGAUUCCCAAAGUGAAAAAGAUGAUGGUAGUGACAGAGAAUCUGAUAGAGAGCAAGAUGAAAAACAAAACAAAGAUGAUGAAGCAGAGUGGCAAGAAUUACAACAAAGUAUUCAGAGAAAGGAGAGAGCUCUGUUGGAAACCAAAUCAAAGAUAACACAUCCUGUGUAUAGUCUUUACUUUCCUGAGGAAAAACAGGAAUGGUGGUGGCUUUAUAUUGCAGAUCGGAAGGAGCAGACACUAAUAUCUAUGCCAUAUCAUGUGUGUACACUAAAAGAUACAGAAGAGGUAGAACUGAAGUUUCCUGCACCAGGCAAGCCUGGAAAUUAUCAGUAUACGGUGUUUCUGAGAUCAGACUCUUAUAUGGGUUUGGAUCAGAUUAAACCAUUGAAGUUGGAAGUUCAUGAGGCUAAGCCUGUGCCAGAAAAUCACCCACAGUGGGACACAGCAAUAGAGGGAGAUGAAGACCAGGAGGACAGUGAGGGCUUUGAAGACAGCUUUGAGGAAGAAGAAGAGGAAGAGGAAGAUGAUGACUGAGCAGUUCUCUGAAGGGACCACAGUCUCUGCACAUCUUUGUAAAAUGUUGCUGUUUGGAAGUGUAUAAUAAACCAGAAACAGGACAGAAGUGAUGUUGAGGGAGGGAGGUCUUAGUUUCUUUGCUCUAGAAGUCUGCAUAAUAAAACUAGGCAGUGGUGAAGCCUUGGUACAAUCUGAAAAUGCUUAAGGCUUAUUGGAGCCUGUCAAAUAUGGGAUGGUGCAUUUAUUUCAUCUGCAAAUGAUAAUAAAUCUUUUGUUAUUAUAACUGUCCAUAAGUGUGGGCUAUGUAUUAUCUGAUCAAUGUGUGGUCCAGGUAAAAGUAAAGGUACAUGAAAAUCUAUCAAUGAGCAACUUUUCUUCAUUCAGCUUUAGUUUCAGUAAACAUUAAUGUAUGAUAAACACCACAAAUGUUUUAAGUAACAUCUGCCAAGUUUAUUGAUAAGCUCUGAUAUUCACUUAUUGACAUUUUGCAGUGAUAAAAACUAUAGCAGCUCCAUUCAUAGAUUUAAACCUUUCAUUUUUACCUAUCUUGAUCAUUAGUUGGCGUUCUCUUCACAUUCCACAUAAUAUAGAGGGCUACAAUUCAAAAUUUUCCUUUUCUUAAUUGCCCACAGUUAUCAGACAGAUUAUAAAAAUAGCUUUUAAUGGCUUAAAAUAUGUUUAAGCCUGUCUUAGUAGAUCAAUACAGGAUCUGACUCUUUAUAAGCUGAUAGGUCUGAAAGUGAUUGUGGGACCAGAUAUUCUCUGAUAUUGGUGGCUUAUGUUAUUAAACCAUUUUUUUUUAAGUUCACUAUAAAAGCUGAACUAUAUUCUUAUCUUUUAAUCUACCUGACUUCAUCAGAAGCCUUCAAAGGAAAAUGAAUAUAACACAAAGGAGGCUUUUUUGUAUUCAUUUUGGACUCCUGUCAAUAAAAUAGAAGUUUGGCUUAUUUUACGUUUUCAAUGGUGUAUGUCUUUUUACUCCCAGAGAAAGGACAUAAAUAGGUAAUCCAUUCUUUAAUUUUUCAACUAAAAAUCUAAUAUUGUACAUUACUGCUGAAGCAAUUGUUGUUUCUGUAUACUGUAGAAAAAUCCAGGAGCGAGAGGGGUUCCCCCUCACAUAGUACAGCUGUGGAAGGAUAGUGCUUAUAAAGAGCAGAGAUGUGUACAUGUUUAAUCAUUGAGGUGAGGUGAAUAUUUUUAUCACUAGUAUGGAGGAAGCAAAAGUGUAGUAUUAUGAGUCUGAUUGUAACCUAUCAGAAUCUUCAUAGGCCAAAGUACUGUUGGAAUACUAAUUUGUGACCUUGUUUACUUAGAAGGUUACUACUUUCAAUGCAGAAUUACCACUGGUACUUUGUUACUGCAGUAGGUGGAAAUAAAAUUUGAAAAUUACUAAAAAACAUGAAUGGUUUUUUUGGUUCCAAAUUUAGGUUGUAAUGAUCAAAGCAGGUUUUUCGCUGGAGCCCUGAUCUCCAGUUUAUGAGAACCUUCUUUGGCAGGGAGGACACUCUGCCUCUGAGGAGUUGUUUCUUUUGUUUCAUUUUACAAGUAAGAAGGUUGGGUUUACUUUUCAAAUCAGGUCUUGCUGUGAAGUGCCAGUCUGGGCUGAGGCAGCUACUGAUCACCUAAGUGUUGUGGCAGGGAGUGAGCUGGCUUAUGUCAGGGGAAAGGAGCGAUUAGAGAAAACGUGUGUGGCAGAAAGUUAAGGAAAGUGAGCAACCCAAACACACUGUGUAGUAUACACAUUUCCUAGUUUCUUGAAAGGUACUUUUCAGAAAAAGUGUUUCUUUUCUAGUGGCUAUUUUGCUUUUAAAGAGGCUGUAUUCAUGCAAACAACUAGCUGCUUUGUGGUUUUAAGACUGGAGUGGAUGAUAUCACAACCUGGUAACUCACCACAGUGCUUAAAAAACAGCGUCACCUCAAAUUAGAAAAUUCCACCAAUCUGUUUUUCAUUGCCCUUUGUGUGAUGUGCAUACUUUUCCCAAGUAAAUAAAAUAACUUUUCCUCUAAUGAGUACUUUAGGUAACCUCUGUCCAUAUUGCAGUAGUGAAGGAACUGAGCUUUCAAUAUGUGGUUCUCCUCUCUCCUGCAAGUCACCGAAUUCCACAUCCCUUCUUUCUGUUUCUGGAAUAGGAUUAAUAAUUUAUCCUAGUUUGCACUUAAUCUGAUUAAAUAUGAAAUUUCAAUGUUCUUUCUAUCAAAAAGUAGUGACAUUUUGUCAACAAUUGAGCAUAGCGUAUCUACAAAGUGAAAUUAGUUAUUUAUGAAAGUCACUUAAGCUGUGUAAUAUUUUUACCUAAAUUGGUAAAGUACCCAUUCAAACAAAUAAAGCCUUCCGGGAGGAAAACUUAGUUGCCACAAUUCAAAGUACAGCAAUUGUGAAUCUUAAUGUUGUAAAAAUUGAUUGAGGCCCAGAGGUGUUUUCCAUGUGGCUCAGUCUCAAAGUUAGAUGUUCAUGUUCUUUAAUUUUUUUUUAGUUUCUAUGAAUUUUUUUUUAAUUUAAGGAACCCAUUGUGUGGGACAAUACCUAUUACUGUGCUCUGUUUUGCUCUUCCCAGCUUGCACUGAGGGAUGGAGAAGGAUGAACCUGUCCAGCUGUUCUGUUCCACUGUGCUGGAAGCAGAGAGGUAUUGAUGUCAAACAACUGAUGUGGAAAUGGGAAGGGAGUGUUGAGGAAUGGACUGAGCCUCUCCAGACAUGUUAUUCCUGACCACACUUAGACCAUACACUGGAGUGUUCUAUAGUAACAAUUCUUACUUCAAGUAUAAUUCAGAGCCUUACAUAAUUUUCAGUAGGUUGUUUAUCAUUAUCACAUAGUGAGUUUCUGUGUGCCCAGCUCUGUGAUUGGAUACUGGGGCCAUCAAAGAAAAAAUGUUAAGAGCUCACUGGUACUUAGGCAGAUGUGUGGCAAUUCAUUUUAAUCCAUUUGCCUUGGCCAUUGUUUGGAAUGCCUUUUUUGUAAGUCUUGUAGACAGAAGAAUUAUUUUUCAUAGGGUCUGUUUGAUUUGUUGGCUUAAAAAAAUGGGCAAAUCCUGAUCCUUUAUUUUUAAAUGUUUCUUUAAAGCACUUUCCCCCCAAAUAUUGUGAUUCAGCUCCAUGAAACCCCCAAGUCUGCCUUAAAGUGAAAUAUCUGUCAGUGAUCCGUAACGUGACAUUUUACCAACUGUGUAGUGAUUAACCAAAUAUGCCUCAAGAAAUAAGCACCGUGCGUCUUCAUCCAUUUAAACUUGAUGCUAGGGCUAUUUUGCAAAACUUAAAAAUGUGAUCUUGUACAUUUUUCUGUAACCUGAGCUAAAAACCCAAAUAACAGCAAUCAUUGGCAUGCUUUAGGGCUGCUGUUUCAGGUGGAAGUGUAUACAUCCUGGGGGUAUGCAGAUGAUCAAUCCAUUGAGAAAGUGUUAAAAUGAUUAUUUGUAUUUAAUCUCAUCCUUUUAAAUUUCUAUUUUUGUGUGUUUUAUAAUGUACAUAAUAUAUUGUACAAUUGUACACUUCUAUAAUUUAUAAAUAAAUAAUACAUUUAUUGGUGCA